AUGUCCUCAACUGCCACUCUCACGGCGCGUCAGGGUAAACCUGCUCCCUCCGGCGUCCCGAAUCAAACGCUAUACUGUACCAAUCUUCCAGACAAGCUACACAAAUAUGACCUACGCCUCUCACUCUAUACCCUCUUUUCCACCUACGGGACCGUUCUAGAUGUGGUGGCCAUGAAGACCAAGAAGAUGCGCGGGCAGGCUCAUAUCGUGUUCAAGGAUGUCCAGGCCAGUACGCAAGCAAUGCGUGCGCUUCAGGGGUUCGAAUUUUUUGGCAAACAGAUGAAAAUUGUUUAUGCGAAGGGCACUUCGGAUGUGAUUGCCAGGCUUCGCGGGACAUACAGUCUGGCACCAUCUGGAGCGCAAUCCGGAGCCACCUCCUCCGAUCUCCAGAAGUCGAUCUUCAGCGGACCUCCCGGGUCAGCGGCGCUACCGCCGAAACCUACCGGGGAGGUCAACGGCGAACCCCAGGCAACGCAAGGAGUCAAACGGCCUCGCGAGGAGGAGAGCGAUGGGGGAGAAGCGCCGAUGGAUGAGGACAGCGAUGUCCCGAUGGAAGCCUCAUCGGAUGAAGACUAG